GCAGGGGGCAAUAGUAGUCCUUGGUGGAAGACAACGAGGCAUGAUCCAUCACAGAACCGUAGAGACGCGAAGGACCCUAACUUAGUCAAGCUCUCCCUUAGAGCGUUCUACAGGGAGGCUGGACUUCAGUCCUACCCUAGAAGAGCAUCCGAUGGUCCCUCCCUUUAAAGGGAUAAACUGUGGCUCUCUCCAUCUUCUCUGAACUUCCUCCGCCCAGAUCAACACUUGAACAUGAAGCCUUCCACGGAGGUGGGCUGCCAGGGCCUCUGGAGGAGAGCAGAACUGGCGCCAGCCUGGAACGACUAGUCCGCUAGCCCCCGCCCCCAGCCCUGGAGGACCGUGGGUGGACGCUCUGGCAGCACGCCUCUCUCUCGCUGGUCCGGGAGGAGGUGGGCGGAGCCAGCGCCGCCCGGGCUCGGGAAGCGGAGGGUGGGGACACUCUGGCCCGGCUCUCGGUGGUGCGGGAGCAGCGGCCGCUCUGGUCGGCGGACGUGCUGCUGAGCAGUCCCGGAAGCGAAGCAGCGAUGGCGGAGAGUCCGACUGAGGAGGCGGCGACGGCGACGGCUGGCGCCGGGGCGGCAGGCCCAGGGGCGAGCGGUGUUGCCGGUGUGGUCGGCGUUAGCGGGAGCGGCGGCGGCUUCGGGCCGCCUUUCCUGCCGGAUGUGUGGGCGGCGGCGGCGGCGGCGGGCGGGGCCGGGGGGCCGGGGAGCGGCCUGGCUCCGCUGCCAGGACUCCCGCCCUCGGCCGCUGCCCACGGGGCCGCGCUGCUUAGCCAUUGGGACCCCACUCUCAGCUCGGACUGGGACGGCGAGCGAACCGCGCCUCAGUGUCUACUUCGGAUCAAGCGGGAUAUCAUGUCCAUUUAUAAGGAGCCUCCUCCAGGAAUGUUCGUUGUACCUGAUACUGUUGACAUGACUAAGAUUCAUGCAUUGAUCACAGGCCCAUUUGACACUCCUUAUGAAGGGGGUUUCUUCCUGUUCGUCUUUCGGUGUCCACCCGACUACCCCAUCCACCCACCUCGGGUCAAACUGAUGACAACGGGCAAUAACACAGUGAGGUUUAACCCCAACUUCUACCGCAAUGGGAAAGUCUGCUUGAGUAUUCUAGGUACAUGGACUGGCCCUGCCUGGAGCCCAGCCCAGAGCAUCUCUUCUGUGCUCAUCUCCAUCCAGUCCCUGAUGACUGAAAACCCCUACCACAACGAGCCAGGCUUUGAACAGGAAAGACAUCCAGGAGACAGCAAAAACUAUAAUGAAUGUAUCCGGCAUGAGACCAUCAGAGUUGCAGUCUGUGACAUGAUGGAGGGAAAGUGCCCCUGCCCUGAACCCUUACGGGGAGUGAUGGAGAAAUCCUUCCUGGAGUAUUAUGACUUUUAUGAGGUGGCCUGCAAAGAUCGCCUGCAUCUUCAAGGCCAGACUAUGCAGGACCCUUUUGGAGAGAAGCGGGGCCACUUUGACUACCAGUCCCUCUUGAUGCGUCUGGGACUGAUUCGGCAGAAAGUGCUGGAGAGGCUCCAUAAUGAGAAUGCUGAAAUGGACUCUGAUAGCAGCUCAUCUGGGACAGAGACAGACCUUCAUGGGAGCCUCAGGGUCUAGACCCUGCUCCCCUGCCCCUCCCCCAACUCGAAAGUCCCAGCAGAGCCCCUCCCCUCACCCCAGGGACGGAGAGGCACUGUGCAUCUCCCUUCAAAAGUGUCGGCUUCCCGGCAUCCCGCAAGAUGGCAAGAAGCAAGCAAACUCAAUUCCAGGGUGUGGGAGUGGGGCUGUUCCCAAUCUGACCUCCUUGGUGCUGGAGCACCUGGGGCUAUAGUCAAUCCUGGAUCAGGGCCAGGGCACUUUUGCAAGAGGACCUAGAGUGGUGGCCUCUGGCAAAGCUAAACAACCAACACACCUCUCUGCAGGGCCAGCUAAUUAGGGAUAGGAGAAGACAGAAAAUGAGAACCCAAGAGGGAGCAUGCCCAAGUGGUUUCUAGGGAUAGCUGGGAGUUUGGGUGGGAUGCUGUCUGUGAUACUUAAGCAGUCUGGUUGGUUAUCUGUUUGUCUUCAGUCUUGAAGCAGGGCUUCCCAACACCCUUUUCCUCCCUUCUCCCAUUAUUUUCCAUGGUCCAGCAUAACUUUGUUUUUCCUAAUUUAUAGUCACUGUUCUAGACAGACCAAAGAGAAGAACAGUGGUGGGGUCUGGGCUGCUGAUCAGUAAGCUUUACCUAGCACCUGAGCACCUUUCUCCCUCACACCAUUUCCUCAGCAUUUUAGGUUACAGGUGGAAGGUAAGUCCCACUGGGACGGAGCCCAGGUCGCUGUGAAGCCUGCACAGGUGUCAGAGGAAGCUGCUUACUGUGUUCCCACAAUCACUGAUUUGAAAGGUUCCCAGCACAGGCAGCUGCAGCAUGUAUGGGAUUUGAGCCACUACAUAAAAUAGUCUCUUACAGAUUUUCCUGAAUACUAGUCAAGGAGGGUGGUUUUCUUGGGGUAGAGCACGGGGAGACUUGAUACUAGUCCCUAUUUUGUUCAGCUGUUCUUUUAUAUUUUCAUCCCAGUCCGUAGUUCUGUCCUCCCUUCAGCCCCCCCCCAUCCCCUGGGGCUUUGUGAGCAUGGAGAGCCAAUGGCAAGAGGGUUGUGGUGGGGACUGGAGACUCCUCCCUUUACCUCUCCCCUGUUACUGGCUCUGCUCCUUUUUUGAAUUUAGCUACAGUGAUCCUUCUGGCGGUUGAGUCAGAAAAACAUGUUUUCAGUGGCUUGGGAUCAGAGGAAUCCAUCCUUCCCAGUUUGAUACAGUUCACACUUUUCAGGUUUGCUGUUCUGACUCCUAGUACGUAGUUAGUGAUCCAUGUGGUACAGGCCUCCUGCACUAUCCAGCCCUGAGGAAUGCAGAGAACUACCUGCCCUGCCCGCUGCUAUAAAGGUCUCUGCCUUGUGGAUCAUGGGACUCCCUAGAAGAUAUAGGGAGAAGAUAGGGCACAAAGAGGGACCUCUUGGGAGGGCAGAAAGAAAACUGGACAGGGACAGUUCACUUGGGGAGCAGAAGUUUGUUUAGGCUACCUGGAGGCUGGGUCAGAUGUGGAGACUUGAAAAGGGACCCUGCUUCCAAUUUCCCUCUUCCAUUCCCAGAGCUAGUCCAGGGCCGAGAAGAAUGACUUUGGUCUGUGGGUCCAGUGUUGUCUGUCAUCCAUUUAAGUGUUCCCACUUUCAAGUGACAAUCUUCUCCUUGGCCCUGCCAUGGGGCAGAGCAUGUCUGGCAUAGCAGCCUGACUUUUAUGCCCUAAUCUUAAGUUGAGGAAAUAUAUGCACAGGAGUCAAAGAAAUGUCUUUAUAUCUGACUGUACAUAAAUGAAGUUUUCUUUUUUCCUUUUUGGUGCAAUAAAGUUUGUUUUGGCAGAA